CUUGAAACCUUUAUCUGAUCAAUAAUGUGAUCAUCAGGUUUUAAAAUGUAUUUAAUUCUGGUAAUUCCUAUAUGUUUUCAGCAGUAAUAAUGCGCGAGUAGAGAAACCACCGUAUACAUUUAUAUCUAAUUCAUACUUAAUCAGUGCAGGGUAUCGUUGUGAAUCGUGCAUUAGUAUCUUUUGAGUUUGCGUUAAGGGUUACUUACAGUUCCGUUAACCCCAUUUAGACUUAACUGAAGGCGAUCUUUAUCAAGUUCAUGUACUGUGCAUUAUGUACAAUGUACGCAAGCCAUGUGUUUAUAAACUGAAUGUUUGUAAUAUUGUACGAUUAUUGACAACAGGGGUGUAUAUUUCUAAAAAUUACCCCCCCCCCUUUUAUGUACUUUAUACUCAGAAAUUGAAUUAUUUUCCCCAAUACAGCGGGAAAAAACCAAAAAGUAUUUUCAAGAAAAUAUACACCCCUGAUAUUGGAUAAUCUGACCCCGGCAUUAAAUUACUAGUAUUAUGACCCUAUUCUUGAGUUACUAAAUAUAUAUUUAGCUUGUAUUUUGUUCUAGUACACAUUGUACAUAAAUAUUUCAGAUCAAAAUGUCAGAUUUCAAGCUGCUUGUCUCAACCAAGGCCAAUGGACGAAUUCCAGUUGAGAAGUACAGAUCGUCCAGUACUGGACUAACAGUCGUCAUAGCUCAGGUUGAUGGACCGGUGGUCAACGGAUAUUUCUGUCUUGCGACGGAAGCGUUUGACGAUGACGGACUUCCUCAUACUCUGGAGCACCUGAUCUUCCUAGGGAGUGAGGAUUAUCCGUAUAAGGGUGUGUUAGAUCUGCUGGCCAACAGGAACCUUAAACUUAUUCAACUUUUAGAAAUGGUAACAGCGAUGUAUCCAGGAAACUGUGGGUAUAAAUCUGAAACUGGAGGAAUACUUCAAAACUUGAGAGAAUCAACUUCUAAUCAAAAGGUUCAGGAUUAUCAUAAAAGCUUCUACAGGCCUGAGAAUCUUUGUCUAAUCAUCACAGGUCGUGUUGCUCCUGAGGAAGUAUUUGCCAGUAUUCAAGGUUUUCAGACAAAGAUCUUGGAGAAGGGAGAAAGAGGGCCCUUUACUCGUCCUUGGCAGUCACCUGUUCCUAAACUAGAAGCAGCCAGAGAGCUUAAAGUCCUGUAUCCUGCCGAUGAAGAGGAUAAUGGAAUGGUCUAUAUUGCCUGGAGAGGUCCUGCGGUGACCAAGAACUUGAUAGGAAUAAUUUCUAGGGGUCCUGAGGUGACCAAGAACUUGAUAGGAAUAAUUUCUAGGGGUUCUGAGGUGACCAAGAACUUGAUAGGAAUAAUUUCAAGGGGUUCUGAGGUGACCAAGAACUUGAUAGGAAUAUUUGGUCCUGAGGUGACCAAGGACCUGAUAGAAAUACGAGUAUUUGUAGGGGUCCUGAGGGGACCUGAGGUGACCAAGGACCUGAUAGGAAUGUAUUCCCUUGUUGUCCUUCUGGAGUAUUUAACGGAGUCCUCGGUUAGUCCUCUUCAAGCAGCCUUUGUAGAGGUCACAGAUCCUCUAGCAAGUAAUGUUGGGUACUCCUUCAUUGAGAACUCGGAAUCUACCUUUUAUCUAACAUUCGACAAUGUUCCAAGAGAGAAACAAUCUUCUCUUGUCUCAGAGUUAGACAGAGUACUAACUAGUCUUCAGUCAGGAAGGAUACCGUGGGAUACAGAAAGAAUGGAGAAUGUUAUUCAGCGACGAAUCCUAGAACAAGUUUCUCAAGUUAGUGUACGGGAGUAUAAGAAGCUUACCAGCCAACCAACCAGUUUUUGGAUAAAAUUGCUGGACCAGUAUCUCGGCAACACCGUCAGAGUUGUGGCCCUCGGUAUUCCCAGUAUACAAGAAGAGAAAAGGUUGAAAACUGAAGAAAAGAACAGGAUCGAAUUGCAAAAACAACAGUUAGGAGAGUCUGGUUUGAAGUUGAAGGAGAAGGAGUUGAAUGACGCUAUGGAGGAGAAUGAAAAGGAGGCUCCUGAACAUGUUCUCAGAUCUAUACCUAUACCCUCAUCUGAUUCUAUCCAGUUCCAUCCUGUGAGCAGCUAUACAAGCCGGUCAGCUGAGCAGAUGGAAGGAUUUGACCUCACCAAAAUGCCAGUAUACUUUCAGUUCGAUCAGGUUUCUUCUAACUUUGUUUACAUCUUCACUGUACUGGGCACCCAGGAUAUUCCAGCAGAACUCAAGAUGUAUCUGCCCCUGCUGCUUGAACUCCUGCUGGAGUCUAGUGUGGAGGACGGGGAGGACAAGUUGACCCACGAGGAGGUUGUUGCAGCUCUAGAGGAACAGUUCCUGACCUCUACAGCUAGCAUUGGAGUCUCAGGCAGUAGAUUUCUUCCCGGGGCCUUCUCUCAAUCUGUUUGUCUCUAUCUACAAACUCAACCUCAGAAAUAUAACAAGGCAGUUGAAUGGAUUAGAAAAAUCCUGUUUUGUACGAAGCUGACACCAGACAGAAUUAGGGUUGUUGCAACUAAGAUGGAUAACAGUAUCUCAGAGCUAAAAAGACAAGGAAGCAGGGUUGUGAACAUCUUGCUGAACAGCCUGAUGUUCCAUGAGAGCAGUAACAUCUACAACGCAAGCAUCCUUCAGCAACAAACAUUUCUUAAGGAUGUACUAAAGAAGCUGGACAGUACGCCUGAAAAGGUUGUUGAACGAUUAGAGAAUAUUAGGCAGAGUCUAACCAAGCCCUCCAAUAUGAUGGUCCAUAUGGCUGCAGAUUUAGAUAACAUCCGCUCUCAAGGUAAUGCUGAGAAACCAUGGUCAAAACUUCUACCUACUGGACACACCUCAAACCCUGCAAGACCAGAAACCAUUGAAGAAACACCAUCUCCAAAAUCUAAGUACUCUUCCAUAAUAUUAGCACAGUCGUCAACUGACCUGACUUAUCUAGAAAAAUCAUGCAUCUUGGAUUUGGAUUAUUUGAGUCCUGAUCUUCCCGCUGUUAUGGUUUGGUGUGAUGUGGUGGCAAAGUCAGAGGUUAAAUUGAAGGGUGGGUGUAACAUUGUACCAGAGUACACCUUGUGUACUGCAGAAAAGGAUCAUGUAAUAGUUGCCCUAGGGGCCUGCGAAUCAUCCUUCAUGGCGAGAAGUGUUCCGUGUAUUACCUCAGCUAAGGAUAAUGAUUUACCCGCACUUCGACUCUUCCUUCAGUAUCUAACUCAGUGUGAGGGUCCAAUGUGGCGACAGAUAAGAGGUCAGGGAUUAGCCUAUGGGUACAACAUGUACCCUGUUGUUAGUAAGGGUCUACUGUACAUAACCUUGUACAGGGCAACACACCCGGUUAAAGCGUACACAGAGGCCCGUAGGAUUGCGAUGAGUUAUGUGAGCGGAGAUGAGGAGUUUAACCUGACCCUUCUGGAGGCCGCUAAGUCCAGUCUCAUUUUCGAGCUUAUAGAGAAGGAGAAAACUAUCGGAGAAGUUGUUGGUGAGAGUCUCAUCUCUUCUUUCAAGGGAGUAGAUAGGGAGUAUAAUAGGGAGUUUCUUCGAAGAAUCAACAAUGUUAGUGUUGAAGAUCUGAAGAGGGUUGGAAACAAGUAUAUUGCUCCGCUCUUUACUCCUUCAUCCUGGACUGCGGUAGUCUGCUCCCCUGCUAAACUUCAGGAGAUUAGGGAUUCAUUCAUCAGUGAGGGAUUAGAGCUCCGUAUUCUGCCUUCCCUUGAUGCUGCCCUGGACUCAGCUUGAACAGAAAUUUCACCUUGUUUCAGACUUUUUUUCAACUUCUGAUUUUUUUGUGAUUUUCUCUUGUUCUGACUUUUUUGCAAUUUUACUGAGAAUUUUCACGCUGUUUCUUUAACUUCUGAUUCAGCCUGUUCUUUAAUUAGUGAUGUUCUCCUGUUCUGAUUAUGUUUUACUGUCUUUAUUCCUACCUUUUCCUUUCUCUUGCAUCAUUUUUUAUUGGAUUUUGUUGUUUUUAACUUAAACUAAUUAUUUGUAGAAAAAUAGCUUCAAUGGGAUAGUUAACUAGGUAAUCAUCUAAUAUAAGAGUGCCAUCAAGGAUCUACAAUAGUAGAAAAAAACCUAACAUUUUGUUUGUAUCAUUAAUCGAAAUUGUGAACAUAUCGUUUGAAAUUACGAACAUUUUGUUCAAAAUAUCGUACCUCUAGGGCUAUACAAAAAUUAGUGAGAUACCCCUGACAAUGAAUAACAAAAUGUUAAGCUUUUAUCUAGAAGAUAAGAACGUGUUCUUGAAUCUUCUUUAAAUAGAAGAUUGUCUAAUACUUCUUUUAUGAAAGUAUUUUCUAAAAGUGUUCCAGUUAAUAACAACCCGUUUUUUUAACCCCUUGCCAUAACAUAUUCUCUUGGUGUACAGUUGUGAAUCCUUGAUGGGGUCACAUUGUAUUAAAUUGUAAAUUUGUUACUGCAAAUAAUUCUGGCUCAUUUUGAUGUUAAGUUUUUUAGCAAAUAUUAAUCUAUGCAAUUCAAUAAAAUGCUUUUUUGUUU